UCCAGGGGUAGUAAGGCUGAGUAACGAACGACUCAGCAGUGUUAGGGUUAUUUGAAAACACGGAGGAAGGUGCUGCCCGAUCUGACUAGCCAAAUACGUAAAAUGAAUCACCCCUCAAAAAGGUGAGGCGCGGACCUCAAGGUUCUGGAGUGCUUCAUUGCGGUUCAAUGGUAAUAUAUACAUACUGCAUGAGUACAAGAAAGGUGCCACCACCUUCACCUAACGGCGGGUCCUCGGGGACCACAACUGGGCAUUACCGCCAGUCCCUAUUUAGCCUCAGAGAACCAGAACUAGGGUCUCGCGUCUUUAUACCAAACACCACUCGCGACUUCCUUCCUUCUCCUCUGCGAUCCAUGCUGCUCUCGCACUGCCUUAGCGCCCCUACACUGCUCGCCGUAGAGUUAACUAAUUCAACACCAUGCCAACAAGGACAAAAAAUCCUACUCCCCCCAGCCCGUGUGGUAGAGCCAAAAUUUAAUCUACCUCCUCGAAACCCGGACGUUUCCUGCUAUCAACUCAAUCCCCUACAAAUUUCGCUUAUUCUUCUGUACUCCAAUCUCGCGGAAGAGCUAGUAUAUCCCGUGCUAUACAACCACUCGGGUUGCAGCACUACAACCUAGGGUAGUGCAACAGCAGUGCUGCAGCACGGUAUCAGUACUGUAUCAGGAAACAGGAUGAAUCAAGUAACGCGUCAGGAAGAGAUACCACGUUAUGCCCCCGGGGCUGGCCCCCCUCCUUCCCCUAGUAUAUAAACAACGAGCUAGACACCCAUAGAAAUGAGAGUUCACAUCAAUUUCAACCUGA